ACCCCAAAAAAAAAAAUUAGAGUUGACUGAAGAUUCGGUAAUAGAUAACAGGAUUACCACUGAAACUCGUUUUCUUCACAAAAUCUUUCUAUAUCUGAUUCAAUAUUGGAUUUUCUAUUACUUGCAACUAAUGAAAUCUGGAAAAAACUUAUUAAAUUCUUUGACUUAGACUAGCAUGUUAACGCAUUAAAUGCUUUGACCUUCGUGCUUUUUUCUUUUCUCUUGUUCUAUAUAUUUCUCAGUUCCUUGACGAACAACCUUGCCUCCAACAUCCGGUUCUAGUUUGCAUCCUUCCAUGGGUCGCAAUAAGCGUGUGAUGGAGAAAAUUGAGGAUCCAACAUCCCGUCAACAGACCUAUUCAAAGCUCAAGGAUAGGUUUGUUAAGAAGGCAGAUGAGUUGGCUAUUUUAUGUGACACAGAUGUUGGUCUUUUAAUGUUUUCUCCAACUGAUCAAGUGACCAGCUAUUCUAGCAGAGGAAGUGUUGAGGAUAUCAUGCUCCGUGUUGUGAACCGUUAUGGCAACCCGUACAGGCAACCCAAUCCAAACGAACAGCAUUUGAUGCAGAGUCUCACACAGUCAAAAUAUGCAGGACAAAUGGUGGACAAGAUAGCUAUUGUCGAGGCUCAUGAGGCUGAGCUUAUGAAGCUCAAUCAACGACUACGUGAAGCACAAGAGAAAAUGAGGUAUUAUGAACCACAAGUGGAGAAGAUCAGCUCAGUCCAAGAGGCUGAUGCAUGCCAGAAGUUCCUUAUGAGUGCUAUGGAACAGAUUCAACGAUCUAAAGCAAGAAUCUUGGGUGGCGAAGGAUUGGUCCAGGGAAAUGAAAACGUCGCGGUGGCUUCUGUCAACCCAGAGGAUGCGUCUUAUGCUGCAGGAACCAGUAGGGGAAACAAGCCGUGAGGAAAUAGACUGGAUCGUGACAGACCAAGCAUUAGCUUCUGGCGUCGAACAACUCAGAGGAAAUUAUAUUGUAGUAGUCUUUAUGUUUGAAGAACUUAGUAGAAAAAUGUGAUUAAUGUUGCAUUUGUCUAUGGUUAGUUUAACUUUUAGAGUUCUUAUAUGACAUCUAAUAUAGAUAUUGUGUUUGGAAUUGAAAACUAUUUGGUAUUA